GCUGUUUGCUGGCUGGAAAUCAGACCAGAACAGAUGAGCUAGAAUCAGAAGACGCAAGCAGAUAUUUUCGUGGGAUGUAAUAAGAGAAAGCGAUAAAAAUGAAAAUACCAAGGCAGAGAAAGAAGUCGAGCUAGAUAGAGAACGAGAAGAGCAUAAAAUACUGGAGGGAUUCGAAGGAAUAACAACAGAGAGUGUGUGUGAAUGUGUGAAACUGCAGUUGGAGCGAGUCUAGUGUUUGCUUUAGCAUGCACGACUGGGGCCCCUCUGAUUGGUUGGCAGGUUGGACCGGGGGGCUCUUGGGGCUCAGAGCCCCCCUCUGAUUGCUUUGGUUGAGGGACGAACGAAGAUGAGAAUGGAGAGAGAGAGAGAAAGAGAGCAGGCACAGACUAGCGGACACCAAAAGUGAGAGUCCACGCGACAGGCUAACACUCACACACGCGCUCUUCUCUGAUACUCGCAUCCCCGCAGGAGUCAUGGACCAAUCCACUGUAACUGCUGCUGUAUUCCUGGCUUUCCUCUUCCUCCUGAGUUCUCGGACAGCUCGAUCAGAAGAAGAUAGGGACACACUUUGGGAUGCCUGGGGAACGUGGAGCGAAUGUUCUCGUACCUGUGGAGGAGGAGCUUCCUAUUCACUCAGACGCUGCCUCAGCUCCAAAACUUGUGAGGGACAGAAUAUCAAAUACCGCACCUGUAGCAAUGUGGACUGUCCUGCAGAUUCAGAAGACUUCCGUGCUCAGCAGUGCUCGGCUCACGCUGAUGUCCGCUAUCAGGGUCGCUAUCACGAGUGGCUUCCUGUGGAUAAUGACCCUGAAAACCCUUGUGCCCUCAAGUGCCGGGCUAAGGCCACAGGACAGGUGGUGGAGCUGGCACCCAAGGUGUUGGAUGGGACACGAUGCUACACAGAGUCUCUUGAUAUGUGCAUUAGCGGAGCCUGUCAGAUUGUUGGCUGUGACCACGAGUUAGGAAGCACGGCUAAAGAGGACAACUGUGGAGUAUGUAAUGGAGACGGCUCCUCAUGCCGACUAGUAAGGGGUCAAUACAAAUCCCAGCAUGCCACAGGAAAGACUGAAGAUACUGUGAUCAGCAUUCCGUAUGGAAGUCGACACGUACGCCUGGUUCUUAAAGGCCCGGAUCACUUGUAUCUGGAGAGCAAGACUCUGCAAGGGGUGAAGGAUGAGCUUUCUCUGGAUGAAACCAGGCAGUAUGUGUUGGAGAAUACUACAGUGGACUUUCAACAGCUCUUGGAUAAAGCGGUCCUGAGGAUAACUGGACCACUCGGGGCCGACUUCAUUGUCAAAGUUAAAUACAUGAAUGGAGCUGACAGCACGGUCCAGUUCAUCUUCUACCAACCCAUAGUUCACCGCUGGAGAGAGACCGACUUCUUUCCAUGUUCAGUUACCUGUGGAGGCGGAUAUCAGCUUACAUCAGCAGAAUGUUAUGACCUUCGCAGUAAUCGUGUGGUGGUGGAUCAGUACUGUCACUAUUAUCCUGAAAAUGUCAAACCCAAACCUAAGCUACAAGAGUGCAAUAUGGACCCAUGUCCUGCCAUUGAUGGCUACAAGCAGAUCAUGCCCUAUGACCUCUAUCACCCAUUACCACGGUGGGAAAACAGUCCUUGGACGGCCUGUUCAACUUCUUGUGGUGGUGGGAUGCAAAGCCGCUCGGUUUCCUGUGUAGAAGAGGACAUGCAGGGAAACAUGAACCCCACAGACGAGUGGAAGUGUCUGUAUGCACCAAAGACACCCAUACUACAGCCGUGCAAUACCUUCGACUGCCCGACAUGGCUCGCGCAAGAGUGGUCACCGUGCACAGUUACAUGUGGACAGGGUCUGCGUUACCGAGUGGUCUUGUGUAUCGAUCACAGAGGUCUUCAUGCCGGAGGCUGCAGUCCCACCACUAAACCACACAUCAAAGAAGAAUGUCUGGUCACAGUGCCUUGCUACAAGCCCAUUGAGAAGCUUCCUGUUGAGGCGAAGCCCCCUUGGUUCAAGCAAGCCAUAGAGCUGGAAGAAGAGACCGCUGUGUCUGAAGAACCCAUGUUUAUCAGAGGAGCAUGGGGUGCAUGCAGCAGAACGUGCGGUGCUGGCAUUCACAGGAGAACCGUGAAGUGUCAGAUGCUCCUGACCUUCUCACAGACCAUCGAGGACCUCCCAGAUGACGAAUGCGAGGGACCGAAACCACCCGAGAGUCAACCCUGUUAUCGAACCCCAUGCUCUGGCGGUACAACAGAGGAGGAGAUAGAAUUGACCCUCACUUCGGAGAGAGAGGAACUGCAUGACUGGGAAUAUGAGGGCUUCACUGAAUGUUCAGCAACUUGUGCUGGUGGAAUGCAAGAGGCCGUUGUGAUUUGUCUCAAUAAGCAGACGAGAGAAGCGGUGGAUGAGACGCUGUGUGUUAGUGCUCGCAGGCCACCGCAGCUACUUCAGAGCUGUAACACUGAGCCAUGUCCUCCCAGGUGGGAAAUGGAGUCUUGGAGCUUCUGCUCGGCCACAUGUGGAGUCGGUCUCCAGACACGUGCUGUAACCUGUGUGCUGAGAACUGGAUCACACAGUAACCACACAGAGAAGGUCAAAGAUGAGAACUGUCGACAACCCAAGCCCAGCUCUGUCCAAGCUUGCAACCGAUUCGACUGUCCGCCAACAUGGGAAGUACAAGAAUGGAGUCAGUGCUCUCGUAGCUGUGGAGGUGGCAGUCAGAAGAGAGAGAUCGUAUGCAAGCAGCGCAUGGCUGACGGAAGUCUUCUAGAAUUACCCGAAACCUUCUGCCCCACACCGAGUUUACCCUCCGUUCAGCCCUGCGGCACAGUGGACUGCCCUGCUCAAUGGGUCUCCACAAACUGGACUCAGUGUUCUGCUACUUGUGGAGAAGGUACCCAAAGGUUGUUGGUGGUGUGUAAAGUACUCGGAGAAAGAGGACAGUACCGAACAAUGGUUCCUGAGGCCUGUUCUGCAGCUCCAAAACCACCAACGGUCCGAUCAUGCCUCCUUGGACCGUGUGAGAGGUUGUUCAAGCCAGUAGCCGUGAAACCCGAGCCAACCAUCUUGGCUCAAAGAAACGUGUACAUACAAUGGAGAAAAGGCAAGAAGUUACACUUUGUGGUGGGCGGUUUUGCCUACUUGCUGCCCUGGACACCUGUGGUGCUCCGUUGCCCUACCCGGCAUUUCCGCAAAGGUCAAGUCCGCUGGCUGAAAGAUGGUAAACCUUUGGAAAUCACGCCUCAUCUAUCCAUAUCUCAUGUGGGUUACGUCAAGAUUCAACAGCUCCGUACUUCUGAUGCUGGGACGUACACUUGUGUUGCCGGCCAAGCUCAGGAAAACUUUGUCUUGAAGCUUAUUGGCAGCAAGCAGAAGCUCUCAGUGCCAGAAGCUGACUUAUGGAGCACAGAUGGUUUACGCGACUCACCAAAAGUUCACCAAACCUCAUCUGCGACCGAGUUGUUGCCACAUGACCGCUAUGAUGAAAUCGUCCGGCACCUACUCGACUUAAAAGAACUUCCGCUCGACGGUGUGACCUCCAAAGAACUGCUUGACUUUGCGGAAAAAAAUAGCUCCAACCUGGACAAAGACCUAGUUUUGGAUACUUCAAGUCCUCAGUUGCUAGUCACAGAUAUGCUGAUGCUCGAUGAGGUCAGACGAAAUCUUUCUGGAGCUGUCCAGAGCUCGCAGAAAGAUGAGCUGAUUUCUCAGCUCCUAGAUGAACUUACAAAGAGCCACGGGGAGAACAAUGAAUCCACUCUGCAACCACAUGAAAGUCCAACGCACUCCAUGCCAGAUUCCACUUUCCAGAGAUCCAAACAGAGACAGUCUUCCCACACCAGCAGGCAAUGGAGAGGACAGCCCCAAAGGCCAAUUAUUUUGCAGAAGUCCUCCAGAGACCACAUCAAGAACCCGCAUGAAAUUAUGGACUAUGUUGGAGGCCUUAUUUUGGUACAGAGAGAGACGGUCAAAGUAGAAAUCAAAUGCCAAGUGCAGGGUAACCCAGAACCUGUGAUCUCAUGGUCUAAGGAUGGGAAAGUGCUGAGAAACAGCAGCAGAGUAGGACUAAUGUCAGAUGGUUCCCUGCAUAUUCAAGCACCUGCUGAGACAGACACUGGACUCUACACAUGUACUGCUGCUAACAGUCUGGGCUCCAUGUCCUUGUCAUCUCAUUUGCAAACUACAGGAAGUAGCUGUGUGAGCAGCGAAGGCAACACUUCUGAAUGUUCAAACAAGACCAAUCAGUACUACUUUUGUCAUGGACAACACUGCCCCCACAGAUGGCAGGUGUCCACUUGGUCAUCCUGCUCUGUAAGUUGUGGAGGUGGGAUGCAGAGUCGCAUUGUGACCUGUCAGGUGGCUUCAGGGGCUUCAGCAGCUUGCACCGGGAAGAAACCGGCAGUGACCAGGCACUGUAACCUUCAACCAUGUGUUAGCUGGGCAACCAGUCCAUGGGGACCCUGCCAAGGUCACUGCAUUGGAUUACGUCAAGCCCUUCAAUACAGACAUGUGUUCUGCCAAGACAAGAACGGCACAAGAGUGGCACAUCAAAUGUGCAGCGGUCAACCAAGGCCUGCUUUACAGCGUAACUGCACAACGGAGGCAUGCGCUCUGCAGUGGCGAGUCGGGUCCUGGACUCAAUGCACCGCCACUUGUGGUCGUCACGGAUUCCAGUCGCGUCACGUCACUUGCUCGCAUCGGCGGAGCGGGAAGCCGGCACGCGAGUUCCACUGUGCUUGGAAACCUCGACCGCCUAGCUGGCAGCGAUGCAACAUCAUGUCCUGUGGAAAAGGUGAAUGUCGGGACAGCACAAGAUACUGCGAGAAGGUUCGACAGCUAGAUCUUUGCCCACUGCCCCAGUUUAAAUUACGCUGCUGCCAAUCAUGCAGAGACACCUGAGACACAGAGAAGGACAAUUUUAGGAUAAAAUGACAUCACCAUAGCACACUUCCAAGUAACCCAAAAUGGGCCCUUAAGGACCAGGGUGUGCUUGGUUAGGAUCCCUGGGAUUGGUGAAUUCCAGAGACAUCAGCUUCAAUAAGCGGCCCUAAAGAAGACACAAAGAAACUGAGCACAAAUAUUUGGAUGUUAAUAACAGACUUUAACUUUAUUUUGACUUCAGUGAAGGCUUUAAAUUACAAGUAUAUUUUCUUUUUUUCUUUUUAACAUGUUGGCUAUUUCUUAUAGUCUGCAGAUAUGUGAGUUUUGUUAGUAUUCACUGGAUGUUGAUGGCUCCCUCAUAGACACUGUCAAAAAAUGUAAAGGAUUAUAAACUGGAGUUUUUGCAUAUUAUUUUAUAUGCAUAAACUACACCACUAACUGCCUAAUUGAGAAAGAUGGUCUUUGAAGAGUAUAUACAUGUGAUGAAAUGCUAAACUGUAGAACCAACUUUUCAACAUUUUCAUUAAAAGACAUAUGAUAGAUAUUCAUGAUGUAAAAUACUGUAUAUAAUGGUAAAAGAAAACAUUCAUUAGCUUUGUUUGUUCUGCCAUAGAGUGAAUUCCCAGUGAAAUUACAGUACAUAUUCUGGUUAAAUCCUACAUAAUCCAAUGAGUGAAUUAUUUCAAAUGCAAUUGCAAUUGCAAAUGUCAUGCUGUCUUUUGCUUUUAAAAUAAAGCAGGUCUCCGAGUCUUGUUUUUGGUGGGUCAGGAGAAUGACAAUGUAACUGACAGCUUAUUCAAUGACCCUAAUGAACAGAUUUUUUUAUCCAGGGUAAAUCCACAGUGUUCUUUUGAAGGACAAGCCAAAAUUUCCCAAACAUGCAAAGCCCAAAGUGCUUUUAAAUAAUAACAAUGAACUCAUGUAGUUCUGUUAUGAACCCAUCAAUGUUUACAGGCACAAAUCCUGACUUUCAGUUGUAGUUGUUUUAUUAUAGACAUAAAACACCAGCGGCUGGGUUGUUUUGUUAUGUGUAUACUUACAUUUAGUUGAGAAUUGCCACAAUGCCCUGUAUAAAUUUGAUUUCACUGGACAGAAAAAUGGGAAUCCUAAAAGUUUUGCACUUGAUAUUUUCCAGGUCCAUGUUUAAAAUGAGACUUGAUUGUUUGUUUUUUCUUGCUUUCUUAGACUUUUGUCUUUUUGUUGAUGAAGCUUUAACCACUGUGCAUGGUUAUGUAUAUACUUUGUUGCUGUUGAAAUCAUGUUGCUUAUCUGCUCAUGUUACAUUUGAAAGGGCAGUUAAAUGGCAGGUCUCUUUACAGCAACCAAUUUAUAAUAUUGUUUAAAAAAGAAAAUGAAAUGUAAAAAACAAUGGGAAAUGCUUGGACAUGAUUAAGUGCUGUCACUUAUUCAACACAACUCCUGUAAGUACCUAAGAUUCAUAUAUUUAAGCAAUUAUACAAAUGGGUCUUGAAAAUGAUUGUAUGUUUUUGGAGGUUUUUAUUGUGUUUUAUUUUUAAGCAGUGGUGAUAUGACUCCAGUUGUAUUUAUUAAUUUGUAUAAGUGCAAUUUUUCUGUAAAUGAAAACCAAUUAAGAUGUUGUUUUUAUGAAAAUUAAGUUGUGUCUAUUAUAAAAGAAUCAAUGCAUGCAGCAGUGUCCUAAUCUGCCUUGGUUCUCAUUGUACAUAAUAAGAGUCACUUUUUAACUAAUAAAGUGAAAUACAUUCCAUACAUCUA